CCAUUUAAGUCAGCCGCGAAGGCGGAGCUAGGUUUGUAAACUCACGUUGCACUCUGGGCAGUCAGGUUCCCACAACAACAAAAAUAUAAGCUUAGUGUAUCUCGUCAAGCGUCAUUUCACAAACAAGCUUUAACAAGACAAGGAGUUUGAAGAGAAUUGUUCUUGUCACUGCCUGGAUCAGGGCUGUACAGAUGGACUAAAAUAAAACGAAUUGGACACCAGAGAAGAUCCAACAUGGGCAACAAACGGAAAGCCUCCAAUGAGAUCGACAAAGAUUCAGAUGCCAGCUCAGGGUAUUAUAGUGCUUUGGACCAGACAGAUUUUGAAGACAUGGGACCAACCAGUAUUGCAGCACAAAGCAUGCCUACAGCUGCCCAGGUGCCUUUCAUUCCUGGCUCACAUCAAGGCAUCUCUCCCAUGAUCGUAAUGAACAACCUUGUCCUCAAGCAGCCAAACUCUGUGGCCCCAGCGUUGAAACCUUGGAGCUUAAACACUUCAGUAGAUAUGGUUCCUCAGUCCCAGCUGCUUUUCCUACAGCCAGUCAUACCCACUAGUGACUGUAGCGGCCAAAGCUCUGACAAGCAGAAACUUUCCAGAAAGCAUGUUCCCAUGCAAAACACCUUUGCAAAAAUUGUCCCACACCCUGCACAUUGGUCUACAGUCGACCAGGGUGCCAAUGCCAUCAAUAAGAGAGCAAACCACAAUCAUGGUGGUAGACAUCAACGACGUUCUUACAAUGAUAAACCUCUCCACAGUUCCUCUUUGAAGCAGGAUGACUCUGAGACAUUUGAGGGUUAUGGAGUAGACCCUAAUAUUGCUUCUUUGGAAGAAAUGGGUGUGGAAAACCCCUCAUCCAGGCUUUCUGACCUUCAGGAGCCCCAUACCACCACUUCACCAUUCUCACUUUGCACUGACACCUUCCUCGCUUCAUUCCCUCAGAAGUGUCCCAAAUCCUCAGUCACCCAUAGCAGUGAUGUGGAAAGUAUCUCAGAGGCCCACUCUCCAAGUUCCAGCAAACGCAAACGCUUCUGCAACACGUAUAAUAUUCUGAAUCGGUCAGGCCUGCUGGGCAUCACACUGCGCACAAAAGAACUUAUUCGACAAAACAAACGUUCCCAGGCCCAACUUCAGAGUCUGCAGGCUCAGACUGACCUCUUCAUGGAGGCCAUAUGUAGUGGAGACCCCAAAGUCUGGACCAGAUUGCAGCUCAUCCUCCAGAACUCUAGAAACAGCGAGGAGACGCCAAUGGAAUCAAUGGUGGACUCAGCGUAGGAUACCACAGAUGCGGGUUGUGUGGUGUAGUAGCAGGUUCAGAUAUUAAUAUUUCAACUGUUGAAUUAUGCGGUUUUAUGGAAUAACCAUCUUUGCUCAGACCUUAGAAGGCACAUUUCUAAUCAGUCACUUAAGAAAUUUUCAACUUUUCAUAAUCUCAGUUGGAAAUAGACUUGAGAGAUCUACUCAUCACAUCAUAUGUUAUCUAUCCAAUAUCAGUCAUCUUUAUACUUGUGGUUUUAUCAAAAGUAUACAAAUACAAUGUUUAGGUUACAACUGCAUCUUUUUCUGAAUGAAGUGAUUCAUUCGAAAAUGAAAUGACACUCAAUUUCAGAGUUUAUUAGAACAGCGUGCUCUCAUUUUAAAAAGAACGCUAUUGACCGUAUUUUACUCUAAUUGGUUGCUAUUGAAUUGAGGCCUUGGAACACCAGAACUGGAAAAAUAGUUUCUGCUCUAAAUGCACCAAAAUGGGAAGACCUUUAUUUUCUAAUAUCUGUAUCUAAUAAAUGCCUUUAACAAAUUACAAACAUUUGUGUUUUAACUUUAAGAGAUUAUACUUAAGUGCACAAUAAUGAGUCAAUUGUUUUUAAUUCAGUUAAAAAUGUGAAAUCAUCCUUAUGCAUAUUUGAACAUUUGUAAUGGUGUCUUUGUAAUAAAUAUUAUUUUUUAUGUGUAUAACGUGUUCUCAUCUCCAAGUAAAUCUUCUUGUUACUCUUUGUAUUGUUGUCUAUGGGAAAGACCAAUGGACUUUAAGAGUAAGAUGACUUAUAAUCGUUUGUGCUAGUCAGGGUCUAUUUGAAUGUGAUUAAUAUUUUUAAUGCCUUGUGUUGUAUUCUUAAGUGGGUUGUUUACAUUCUUAACAGAGAGUGUUUAUAUUUGGUUUUGGGUGCGAAUGAGCAAAUUGGCAAAUGUACUGGUUGAUAUUUUUCCCCUGUAGCAAUCUGUUAUACUGCAUGCAUACAGACGGUUUAUUGUGUUUGGGAAAGCAGGUACUAAUAAGCCUUGAUCAGGUGUAGUGGAGUAAUGAUAAGUGAUAGCAUGUACGCUCUACUAGUGUACUUUGCUGUACAAAUUUUACAUUGUUUUUUUUUUCUGUUGUCAUUUUGUGGAAUGCAUUUGUAUUUGCUUUCCAAAAAUAUAAAUUGUGUUGAUUUAUCAGACCCGAUACUACUUUUUUUUUUCUGUAGAAAUCUAUGCAAUAGUCUUGUUUAGAAUUAGCAUUGUACUGAAGUGAAGUUUUGUAUUCUCUAGGUGUCAUUUGACUUUAUGUGCCUUCAGAAAUAAAGGCAUUUGAAAUACA